CAUUGCGUCUACAGGCGGAACUACAGAUUCACUACAUGUAAGAAGCUGACUGUAGCACUAACUUUAAUCAGUUCAUUUUUUCCCGAUGCUAGCAAUCUCGCCGGUUCGUUUCGUGUUUUUUUAAAUCAUACUUUGUGUCAAAUAUGCAAAUUUGUAUUCGUGUCAAGUAGAACCAAGAACCAAACCACACUAACUUGGUCAGUUUUGUGAAGUUUUUAAAGGGGUUUAUGCUAGCAUAGCGUCAGCUAACAGCUGCGUUUGAGUGUGCGCACUGCUACGCAGUUAACGUUAGCUUGUAGCCAAACUGUCCUAACAAGGAUCAUCCCUCUUUGCAACUGACAGUCCGGUUCGGUCCUGGUGAAAAGAGUUGGCACGCCGUAUACUAAAUCAAAUGUAGACAGUUGAGUUCCUGAAACAGCACAAAAUGGAACAAGACAACAACUCUGAGGUGGACUCGGUUGGCCCAACGGAUGAUGACACACAACCAGCAUUUCCUCUUGGACUCUCGGACUCUGAGGCAGUAGAAGUGUUGUGGCAAGUUCGUGCUCAACGUCGACAGGCAGAGCCUGAUCUACCAGACACAGUUACACGUCUUACUACACCUGAGGGCAGUAUUGUCUACCUGGUUGGCACAGCUCACUUUAGUGACAGCAGCAAGAAGGAUGUUGCCACUACGAUCCGAGCUGUCCAGCCUGAUGUGGUGGUGGUAGAGCUGUGUCAAUACAGAGUGUCCAUGCUAAAGAUGGAUGAGAAAACGCUGCUAAAGGAGGCUAAAGACAUUAACCUGGAAAAGGUCCAGCAGGCCAUUAAACAGAACGGAAUGAUGUCUGGCCUCAUGCAGAUACUGCUGCUCAAAGUCUCUGCUCACAUUACAGAGCAGCUUGGUAUGGCCCCUGGAGGAGAGUUUAGAGAAGCCUUUAAAGAGGCUGGAAAAGUGCCCUUCUGUAAGUUUCACCUCGGGGAUCGGCCCAUUCCGGUUACAUUUAAACGUGCAAUUGCUGCUCUGAGUCUAUGGCAGAAGGCUCGUCUGGCUUGGGGUCUGUGCUUCCUCUCUGACCCCAUCAGUAAGGAGGAUGUUGAAAAGUGCAAACAGAAGGAUCUUCUUGAGCAGACCAUGUCUGAGAUGAUCGGCGAGUUUCCAGCCCUCCACCAAACUAUUGUUGCAGAGCGAGACAUCUACCUCACACACACACUUAGACAUGCUGCAAAUUGCGUGGAGGCACCUCCUAAUGCUGAGAAAGUGCCUGCUGUAGUGGUUGGAGUGGUUGGGAUGGGUCAUGUUCCAGGCAUUGAAAGGAACUGGGACAAAGAACUCAAUAUUCAUGAAAUCAUGAGCGUGGCGCCACCCUCACGUUUUGGCUGGGUGUUACGCAACGUGUUCAAAGGAGCCAUGUGGGGCCUUUUGGGUUAUGCAUGCUUCCGUGCCGGCAAGGGCAUGGGCAGGGCAUUACUCGCUUUACCUGCAGUUCAAUCAUUGCUUGAAAAUACACGAACGCCUGCCGUUUGACCAUUAUUUUAAUCGCCAAAGACAUUUGAACAGUGAGAUCAAGACGUCACACUGGACACCAAUAGCCUUAACUACAGGAUGGAGAGGGGAAGAUUGGGGCAGAGAUGGUUUCCACCCCAUAUGUGUGGAAGCCUUUGACUAGCUAUCUGUCAGCCCUCUUCCCAGAUGCUCUAUGGACCUGUGGAUGCAGAGUUGUACUGCCAAAGAAAUCAGACCACUUUUUCUUAGUCUUAAAGUAUAAUUCACUAGGACAUUAGCUGAGGCUGCAUUAGCUUCCCUCUCAAUAUAUAUAUAAUCACCUGACUUGAAUGAAGAUUUCUUGUCCUGUGGUUGCUCUGUUGGUUGACUCCUUGAACAGAUGCAUAUUAGCAGACCAGUAUUACUUUUCCCUCUCAGUGCACAUCUAAAUAUGAUAUUCUGUGGCCACAAACUGUAGUUUUUUUUUAUAAUUGGAAAAGCCAUUCAUUCAAUUGUCUUAAAUAAACAGCAUCCCAGUUAGAACUGGUUUGUAAAAACCUGCACUGUGCUGGAAGUGCCAGAACCAUUUAUGAAGAAUGGUAUGAAUCAAGUUGUGUCUGGAUUAAUACUUGUAAUCGACAUUGCAAAAUUAUUAUCACCAAAGUUUUUUAUGGUUUGCAGAAAACGGCUUUGAUUGAAAUCGUAAUAACCACAAACAGUGUUUCAGAGCUUGAAGUCACAACCUGUAACUUUCACUCUUUGUAUCUGUGGUGUUUUGUAGUUUCCUGAUAAGCCCAAUAGAACACUUCCCCAUAUAACCUAUCAAGUGCCUCCUAACAAAUGACCUGAAAAGGGCUAAAAGUAGAGACUGGUCAAACUAAUUUGAUCUGUCUCGAUAUGGUCAUAAUAAAUGGGUACUAUUAAAUCUGGAGUCCUCUCUUUCAUACACACAACCUCGUUGUUCAGUUGGUGGAAAAAACAUACUUGCUAAUAGCAUGCUUUUAAUUUUACAUAACCGGUGAAAUAUGCACAUAUUUAGACAUUUGUUUUUAAGUUUUGUGUGGAUGCAUUAUUAUAAAGUGCAUGAUUCACUCAGAACUACCGUACCCGGAACAGUGACCCAAAAAGUUAAAGCUCAUUGCUUAAAGUUUUGUAAUGCUUAAUAUUAUUUAAGUCAUCCAUUGAAGAACAUUUUAAUUGAACAUGAAUCCCUCUCAAACCAUAAAUUAAUCUCAAUAAAGAUUCAAGAUGACUUGAAACUUUGCAUCUUUGAAAAGAGAGAACCGUUUAUUUAGCUAGCCAGCCAUCACUAGCAAGGUCCAUAUGGGCACAAUUCAGGAAUUAUGUUGUAUAUACAGUAGGUGGGUGGAAAAUGGGGUGUAUUUCUGAUGUGUUUGUUUAAAGCCUUUCAUUGCUGUUCCUACUACCUUUACCUGUAAAUCACAACUUGGUUUUGUUUUUCAUGUAGUUUUUCCAAUGGUGUCUAGGCUGACUAAAAUCAGAUUUACGUUGCGUACGGCAGCUUUCGCGCUCACUGUCGGAUGUACUAACAGUGAAAUUAACGUGAGAAUGUGCAUUUACAGCUUGUCCGUACGCAAUGUUUUAGUAUGAAUUCAACGUUAGUCUUCGUACAUGAGACCCCAGGACACAAGAAUCUUUCUAAGCGUAAUAUCAUUGCUUAAAGGCUACUGUACAGUGCCCCAACAUACACAACAUUUUAAAGGUUUUGUUGGGUCAGUGUUAACCCUGUUUGUUCAGUGUAACAUGAGUUUAUCUCCCAACAGUUGGAAUGUUUGAAAUGGUGGUUGUGUUCUUGGGGCAGUGUGAAUUGUAAACUUUGGGGAGAUAUUCCUUUGUGUGUCCUUGGCCAUAGAGCUCUGAGCCAUAGAGGAUAUCUGAUUAAGACUUGAGUGAUACUUUGCAUGUUUCAAGUUUGUUUGUGCUAGGAACAAACAUUUCACAUGCAGAUUUCUUAGAAUAUGGUGUUGAGAAUACAAAAGUGUUAAAAAGGUAUUCAGCAGCUUCAUUGAUGUACUGCCGUUUUCAGUCUACUGCCGUUUGUAGAGCGGUAAAGACAAAAUGAUGAUUAAAAUAUUAAGGUUGAUUUUUUUUUUUCAUAUAAUUGAUCCCAUGCUCUAGUUUCAAGGUCAGAAAUGAUACUGUCUUCCUGUAAACUAAAACGCUGCAAUGUGUCUUAAACUGUCUUCCUGUAAGCAGGCUACUGAUGUUUUCAAUCAAACAGAUCCAAUGCAGCUGUGGAGUGAAACAAGGCAAUGUUACAAAAUGCAUAGGCUAAUGUGUACAUUUCCUUAAACUUUCCUUUUACAUUUUCCUUUUUUCCCUAAUCACUUUUUAACAUUGUGCAAAAUAUAUUCUUUACAAACACGUGUUUUUCCUGUCAUUAAGCCAUGUCAUGUUUAAAUUCAUCUGAAUAAUAUACUGGAACUUUCAUCUCAUCAAAUUUGAAAUAAAAUAUACAACAUGUUU